GCGCGCGGGGCCUGCUGGGAGAGCACGUCCCCGCCGCCACUCUGCCGGUUUGAACUUGGCGGGCCCGAUGUGGGCGGCCGGGCUGUGGGGGGCUGCUUCGCUGGCUUCCUCGGCCGGCUGCAGGUCCAGGUCUCGGCCUUCCUCCGGGCCCUUCUCCGACCUCAUGGCGGGCGCCCCGGGGCAGGGGCCGGAGACGGUGACGGUCUGCUCGCCGUCGCCGCCGCUGAGCUGCAGCAAUUCCACCAUGUCACUGUUGUCUCCCCUUGGCCACCAGAGCUUCCCGUUUGACUACGACGAUGGCGACGGGGAGGAUGAGGAGGACGUGGAGGAAGAUGCUCAGGAUUUAGAAGCUAAGGUGGCGAACCUGAGAGGAGUGGAGUUACAGGGGUGCGUCAGCAGUGUGGUUGGAUCAGAAGAUAACCAAGAACAGAAACAGGUGUGCCUACCCGAAAGCCGCCUGACACCAUGGGAAGUGUGGUUUGUUGGCAAAGAAAAAGAAGAGCGUGACCGUCUGCAACAGAAGGCUCUGGAGGAAUUAAAUCAACAGCUAGAAAAAAGAAAAGAAAUGGAAGAACGUGAAAAAAGAAAGGCAAUUGCUGAAGAAAAGCACAAGGAGUGGGUUCAGAAGAAGAAUGAACAGAAAAAAAAAGAAAGGGAACAAAAAAUUAAUAAAGAAAUGGAGGAAAAAGCAGCAAAGGAGAUGGAGAAAGAACAUUUGCAAGAAAAGGCAAAAGAAAAAUAUCAGGAAUGGUUGAAGAAAAAAAAUGCUGAAGAAUGUGAGAAGAAGAAGAAAGAAAAGGAAAAAGAAAAACAACGGCAAGCUGAAUUACAGGAAAAAAAGGAAAUAGCAGAGAAAAAGUUUAAGGAAUGGUUGGAAAAUGCAAAAAAUAAACCUCGUCCAGCUGCAAAGGGCUAUGGUUAUGCCAACGGAAAACUUACAGAUUUUUACAGUGGAAAUUCUUAUCCAGAACCAGCCUUUUAUAACCCAAUUCCAUGGAGACCCAUUCAUAUGCCUCCUUCCAAAGAAGCUAAGGACCUAUCAGGAAAGAAGACUAAAAGGCCUGUAAUAAGUCAGCCACACAGGUCAUCGUCUCUGGUGGUUCAGAAAGCCAGAAACAAUCUUUGCCUUGGAACUCUGUGCAGAAUACAAAGAUAGCAGAUAUGGGAAAUUGCAUGCUUUUACCUGGAGCUAUUUAAUUUUAAAAUUAGAAUAGUUUUUUUACUGCUCAGGCAGCAGCUCAACAUUUGAUGUGAUUAUUAACAAGUUCAUGUUUUUGCAUUUGUAUAUGUUGUCCUUAGAGUUAAUUAAGGAAGACGUUUUAUACAUUUUCAUUUUUGUAAGUGCUUCAAGGUAGAUCUUGGCAUAUUGUUUCACAGGAUAGGUGACUGGAUAUCUAACAAUUGUGUUUCUAUUUAGCUUGUAUUAAAACGACAUUGUAAUACCAGUAAAACCAACAAUUUGUAUGGUGUUCUUUCAUACUCUGUGUUUAUUUGUGUUUAUGUUUAUCAUAGUAAGAUUAAGCUUAAAUUGUUCAAAUAAGCUUUUGUAAACUGCAUGCUCAAAAUAACUCUUAGAAGAAUCUAAAUGGGUUAGACUUCUAGAGUAAUCAAACACAGUCUUCCUUGAUAGCUUUUGGUGUAUUUUUCCUUAUGUAUAUAUUUUUAAAUAACUAGAGGCAUGUUUUUUAUAACAAAGAAAUGAGGGUUGAGUUUUUGAAAGGGAAACUUAAAAGCAUUGUUAUAGGCUGUGGAUCUUAGGUUAACAUGUAGCAAUCUUGAGACACUAAUAGUAUUUUGCUAUACUUCGUACAAAUACUUAUACAUUCAUUAUAAUUAGGUAGUUAAUUUUGAAAUUAAGGUUAGCAGUACUAAAUUUUAAAAGUCUGUAUCUUUUUUUAGGGACCAUCAAGAAAUGAAGAUUUGUUGUGGCAAUAUAAAGUUCAGUAAAUUGAUUUAAAAGUGAUUCCUAUUUAGAAUAUACAUAUUCCAUGUUUCUGCUAGGUUAGUAAUUUGCCAAGUUUCUAGUGACUAACGGGCAGUGGUGUUGACCAACGCAAAGGAGCGACAGUAGAAUCUUUGAAGGGCAUUCACGUCAUCAGAAAGCUAGGAAAAUUCACUUCUAAGCAGGAAACAGUUUGGGAGGUGCCAGUAGGGUUUGUUGGGACAGAAUAAUGGUCAGAUUUAUAAGCCUGACCAUCCUUCUCAGAACCUCUUAGACAUAGUGGUAUUUUCAGACAAUCAUUCCACUUGAACAAAUUCACCUCUGUAGAGAGAACGUGCAAUUUGCCAGUGUAGUGAUAAACUUGUGUGUCGCUUAUCGCUAAGUAUCCAUAGGCCUGAAUUCCUGCGAGUUUUAGAUGUAUGUUAUAUUUAAGAAACCUUCAAUUUCACACAGUAGAUUCAGGUGUUUAGGCAACUUCUAGCUAUAACCAUAAUUCUAAUAAUACUUUGCUCAAUCAGUCAUUAAUUAGUUUGACCAGUAUUACAGCAGUCUCUCCUUGUCUCUGGUUUCGCUUUCCAUGGCUUUAGUUACCUGUGGUCAACCACUGUCCCAAAAGAGGGUAACUACAGUACAAUAAGGUAUUUUGAAAGAGAAGCCACAUUCACAUAACUUAUUACAGUAUAUUGUUAUAAUUUGUUCUGUAUUGUUAAUCUCUCACUGUGCCUAAUUUACGAGUUAAACUUCAUCAUAGGUAUGUGUGUAUAGGGAAAACCAGUAUAUCUAGGGUUUGGUACUAUCUGUGGUUUCAGGCACCCACUAGGGAGGGGUCUUGGAACCUAUCCCCACAGAUAAGGGGGAACUAUUGUAAUUGAACAUUUAUUCUGUAACAGAUGUUUUGCAUACUGAUUUAGGAAUUUAAAUGACAUAUUUCUUUAAUUCAGUCAACAUUUUCGGCCUAACCAGGAAAACCUGUAACAGACUAAAUGCUAUAAUACACUGCUUAAAAAUGAAGUACAGGGGCAUCUGGGUGGCUCAGUCGGUUAAGCAUCCAACUUUAGCUCAGGUCAUAAU